AUGCAGGUUGCUUCCGGUCCUCCGCCCGGUACGCACGCGUUCGACAGACAUUUAUCCCCUCUCAGCAACGCUUUGGGCAAGUAUGCGGAUCCCAAAACGGCGAGAGCUGGACGGCAUCCCUCCAGCACGUGUCGAAUAUGUGCUGGACUGUUAUCCGUGCUGGCAGUUGUGGCAGUCACGCUGAAGUUCUUCCGCUUUUGCUACGACUUGGGAGGCCGGGGUGAUUUGUCGCGACGGUUGGCAGGUAGAGAGCCUGCACCGGAGGAAGACCUCGACCUCUCAACCAUUAUUGAGAUGUGUUUGGAUAUGGAGGAGGAGAUCAGUGUCGGCCCGCAAACUGCAGCCGUUCCGCCAGAGGGACAGUGGGAGCGGCAUUCGUCAUGGCAAUUGCUUACACCCUAUCAGCAAAGCCAGCAGACAAUCCCAGCGGUUCCAUCCUCCGCAGAGUGGGGAAGUUUCCAGCAAUCAGAGGGAGGACAGUUCUUCGAGCCUACCCCGAUUUCGCUUGUGCAGGGAGAUUAUGACCAGGGUUGGCCGCACUCUGUUGAGGAAGCUCAUCAAAUGCCCCUUGAAGGGCCUUCCGAAUUGUGGCAGGGCUCUUCAGUGUUGCCACCCUACAGUGGUAGCCCGUUCACCACGGCGAAUGAGGGAUCUACAUCCACUGCACCUCCAUGGCCUACGAGCGCGCCUUCACAAUUUCAGAACCUGGGCUUAGGCAGAUGUUAG